AUGGUUGCCUCCGCUGUCCGAAUGCGCAUUCCCAGCGCCAUGUUGUCAAAAGGCGGCCUCUGCGUGAGGCGGCCUCAGGUUAUUCACAGAUUCAAGGACGCUGUCCAACCUCAAUUGCCUGCUUUAUCCGCCCUCUCCCGUUUCUAUGCCUCCAAGUCCUUCCCCCCUCACACCAUCAUCAGCAUGCCUGCCCUCUCGCCCACAAUGUCCGCAGGAAACAUUGGAGCUUGGCAGAAGAAGGCCGGUGACUCCUUGUCGCCGGGUGAUGUCCUCGUGGAAAUCGAGACCGAUAAGGCACAGAUGGACUUUGAAUUCCAAGAGGAGGGUAUCCUAGCCAAGGUUCUGAAGGAGACUGGUGAGAAGGAUGUGGCUGUCGGCACUCCUAUCGCCGUUCUUGUGGAGGAGGGAACAGAUGUCGCCCCCUUUGAGAGCUUUACUCUGGAAGACGCCGGUGGUGAUAAGGGAGCUGCUCCCGCCAAGGAGAGCAAGGAGGAGCCCAAGGCUGAGGCUGCACCAGCCCCCUCGACACCCGAGCCUGCACCCGCCGCUCAGGAGCCUGAGACAUCUACUGAGAAGCUCCAGCCUAGUCUUGACCGUGAGCCCAACAUCAGCCCUGCCGCCAAGGCAUUGGCCCUGGAGAAGGGUAUUCCAAUCAAGGCUCUCAAGGGCACUGGACGUGGUGGUCAGAUCACCAAGGAGGAUGUGGAGAAGUACAAGCCUAGCGUUUCCGCCGCCGCCGGCCCUACAUAUGAAGACAUCCCUCUCACAUCUAUGCGCAAGACCAUUGCUGCCCGCCUGCAGCAGUCGAUGAGAGAGAACCCUCACUUCUUCGUUUCGACCACUCUGUCCGUUACGAAGCUCCUGAAGCUCCGCCAGGCUCUCAACGCAUCUGCUGAGGGCAAAUACAAGCUCUCCGUCAACGACUUCCUUGUCAAGGCUUGUGCCGCCGCUCUUCUGAAGGUUCCUGCCGUCAACUCGAGCUGGCGCGAGGAGAACGGCCAGGUUGUCAUUCGGCAGCACAACACCGUUGAUAUUAGUGUUGCCGUUGCCACUCCUAAUGGUCUUAUUACUCCCGUUGUCAAGAACGUGCAGGGUCUUGGCCUUUCCAACAUCUCUAACCAGAUCAAGGACCUCGGUAAGCGCGCUCGGGAGAACAAGCUCAAGCCUGAGGAGUACCAAGGCGGCACUUUUACCAUCAGCAACAUGGGCAUGAACCCUGCUAUUGAGCGGUUCACUGCUGUCAUCAACCCCCCUCAGGCUGGUAUUUUGGCCGUCGGCACCACCCGCAAGGUUGCUGUUCCCGUUGAGACCGAGGAGGGCACCUCUGUUGAGUGGGAUGACCAGAUUAUCGUGACUGGCAGCUUCGACCACAAGGUUGUCGAUGGUGCUGUUGGUGCCGAAUGGAUCAAGGAACUGAAGAAGAUUGUUGAGAAUCCCCUUGAGCUUCUUCUUCGCGCCCCUAACCCACCACGAACCUAUCUGAGUGAAACAGCGGAGAGCACGGCCUCCCUCGUUGACGUCGAUUCCCCGCAUGUGGUCUCAGUGGACCCGGAUUUCCUCAACCAGGACGUGAAGACCACUACCCAGGCUGAUCGCUUAGAAAGAGAGGCACAGGAGAAAGAGGAGCGGAAAGAGCAGGAAAGGGCGCAGAAGGCGAAAGCGAAGGCUAAACGCGCCGGCCAUGUCGCCAAGCGCAACCCGGUCUUCCUCGGAAAUGCCGUGCUGUACGCGCUGGUCGGUGCUGCGCUCGGAUAUGGCGCAUACAGGAAGCAUGCCGAAGGCAAGCUGUCGUGGAAGCUUGUCGGAACAUGGACUGGGAUCGUCGGAGCCUUCAGUACGGUCGAUUACUUUGUCAGCAAGUGA